UGAAACGACUCGGUAAAAACAUUAGCUUCCAUUAAGUUCUCCGUCUUAGUCGAAGCUAGUCGAAAUAAUAUUUCAUCCAAAGCUCACAAUGUUCAACUUAUUUCAGGCUAAGCAUAAAUACAGUUUAGGUCACAAAGUUGCACACUUAAAUCAUCGGAGGUCGCCAUAUGUCAACAAGGUAUAUAAUAGCAUAUUGGACUUUGUUGGGAACACGCCGCUUAUAAAACUGAACAAAAUACCAAAGGAUUAUGGAAUCCAUUGUGAUAUUUACGCAAAAUGUGAGUUUAUGAAUCCGAGUGGCUCGGCAAAAGAUAGAAUAGCGUUGGCGAUGCUUCAAGAUGCUGAAAAAGGCGGCUUCAUUAAGGAAGAUUCAAAAUUUGUUGAGCCAACUUCCGGAAACACCGGCAUUGGGAUUGCCUUCAACAGUGCUCUAAUGGAUAAGAAAUGCUACAUCGUCAUGGGCGAAAAGAACUCAAGAGAAAAACUAACUACUAUGCAGGUUCUUGGAGCUGAAACAAUCAAAACCAAUGGCACAUCAAUACAAGUUGCUCGAGAUAUUAAAGAUUCUGAUCCUGAGAAUUAUGUUAUGUUAGAUCAAUUCGAAAACAAUGUUAAUCCGAGAGUUCAUUACGAGAACACGGGAGUUGAAAUUUUGGAGGCGUUGGGCGAUGUAGACAUGUUUGUCGUUGGUUGUGGCACCGGUGGCACUUUAUCUGGUGCUGGCCAAAGGAUCAAAGAGAAGUGUCCGAAGUGCACCAUAAUUGCCGCGGAGCCAGCUGGAUCAACUAUGUUUAAUGUAUCCGGAAUACCACAUCCGUAUUUGGUAGAAGGAAUAGGAGGACAGGAAGUUCCUAUUGUCCUUGACAAAUCUUUAGUAGACGAUUUCGAAAUUGUGACGGAUAAAGAAGCGUUUCUCAUGUCGCGGGAAAUAAUUAGAAAGGAAGGAUUACUUUGUGGAGGCAGCAGCGGUGCGGCAAUGGUUGCCGCAAUAAAAGCGAUUCAGAAGCGAAAAUUCACUGCCGGUCAGCAUGUGGUAGUCGUGCUACCAGACAGCAUUCGUAACUACAUGACCAAAUUCGUCACUGAUCAAUGGAUGGAAGCUCACCUCUUUAUUGAUCCACCACAACACGCUUCACCGUGGUGGAAUGAUCCCGUCACUCACUUAACCCUGGGACACACUUACCCUAUUCUAAGCAGUGACCAAACGUGCUCUGAAGCCAUACUCGAAAUGAUGAAAGAGAAUAUUGCUAUUGUGGUAGAGACGAACGGAAAUUUCUUAGGAGCAGUGACAAAGGAUGGCCUGCGUUCAGAAGCAACAAAUCCAAUGAGACUUCCACACAAAAGUAUUCAAGAGCUAAACUUCCAAGACUUUGUAUCUGAUCAUUUGGUCAAAGAUUGUUUCACACUGGCCAAAAACAGUGAACGUGGAAUGCCAACUAUAGGUCUAUUAUCCCGCAUGUUGGACGUAGCACAAUUUGUUGUCAUCGGAAGAAAUGUACAUGAGCUUGGACAAACUCACUUUGUGGCUGAAAGCGUGGCGACAGCAGACGAUGUCCUAAAUUAUAUUUUUGUUAAUCGCACACAAAAAAAAAGUAAAUGAAAAAAAUAAAGUCGACCUCCAUGAAAUGGCCUUCUUUGUGGAAUUAAACUUCAAGGACAUAAAAAUAAAAUAAUGCGGAAUAAUCGUA